AUGCAUUUCACGUUGUCGAUAUGUUCGAGUCUCUUACUAGCCACGGGAACAAUAAAGUCGGCCUUCGCUCAUGUCGCACAACCUCCACCCGAGGAUAGAAUAUGUACAGAAACCACAGUGGCAAUCCUCGGAGGUGGAAUGGCCGGUAUCACGGCAGCACAAGCUUUAUCAAACGCAUCGAUUCACGACUUCGUCAUUUUGGAAUAUCGAAAUACUAUUGGCGGGCGCGUAUGGAGUACAGACUUCGGUCAGGACAAGAAUGGGAAUCCUUACGUGAUAGAAUUUGGUGCGAAUUGGGUAUGCUCAUAUCGCUUUUCUCGAAAGGCAAUCUUGCUAAGCUAUCAGCGCAGUUACACGGUGUUGGAACAAGUAGAGCAGGUAAGUGCCCUUGAUCCAUGUAUGUGGCCUUCUUUAACUUCAGGAAGAGAACCCACUCGUAACACUGGUACGGCCAACAAACAUAGACUCAAGAACACACCGGACAAUUUCAGCUCCGUUCUCACAUAUGACGAGACCGGCUACAGCGACUACCAACAUCUGUUAGACGCCAUCAGCGACGUCAAGGAUGUGGCCUACAGAGAUGCGGGACGGAUGCUAUUAGACAAUAUUCAAGAUAACAAUGCGCGUACCGGAUUUGCUAUGGCGGGCUGGAACCCCCGGCGCGACGAUAUGAAGGCACAAGCAGUGGAAUGGUGGAAUUGGGACUGGGAAUGCGCAGCCAGCCCUGAAUCCAGUUCAUUCAUUUUCGGAGUAGCCGCCGAGAAUCUCACAUUCAACCAAUUUGGUGAAGAUAACCACAUGGUGGUGGAUCCUCGUGGGUACAGUACAAUCAUCGAACGCGAGGCGUCAACCUUCCUCCACAGAGAAGUCCAAGACCGUCGGCUCCGGCUCAACACUCAAGUGACCGAUAUUGAAUAUUCCAGAAAAGGUGUCAAAAUCACCAACAACGAUGGCAGUUGUGUCAGUGCAGCAUAUGCCAUUUGCACGUUUUCUCUGGGCGUGCUACAGAACGAUGUCGUACAGUUCCACCCGGCCUUGCCCAAAUGGAAACAAACUGCUAUUCAGAAGUUCACCAUGGGGACAUACACCAAGAUCUUUCUGCAGUUUGAUGAGACGUUUUGGCCAUCUGACACGCAAUUUUUCCUCUAUGCGUCGCCUACCACCCGCGGGUACUACCCGGUAUUCCAAUCGCUUUCGAAAGACAGCUUCAUGCCUGGGUCUCAUAUCCUGUUCGUGACUGUCGUAGAAGAGCAGGCAUACCGUGUAGAGAGACAGACCAACGAGCAAACCAGAGAGGAGGUCCUCGCUGUGCUCCGCGAGAUGUUUCCAGAGAAGCGAAUACCCGAGCCCACCGCAUUCGUAUAUCCCCGAUGGAAUAACGAGCCCUGGGCGUACGGUAGCUACUCCAACUGGCCAGUGGGAACCACACUAGAGAUGCAUCAGAAUCUACGUGCCAAUGUAGACCGGCUGUGGUUCGCCGGCGAGGCGACCAGCGCAUCUUAUUUCGGAUUUUUGCACGGUGCGUGGUUUGAGGGCCGCGAGGCGGGCGAACAAAUCGCUGCGAUGUUGCAGGAUCGAUGUUCGACUGCUCGUGAUAGAGAAACCUGCGGAGAUCGUACCCAUUAUGAUGUUUUGCAUGGCACGACGCCAACAGAUGCGUAUACCGUCAUCAAUGGAUGGCCGGUUAACAGUACGGAUCUAUGA